UAUAAGGAUAUAAAUAACUCACAACACAUACUUAUAUAUGGUCUUCUCAGUUCUGGAUUUGCCGCUUUGAUAUCUGGAAUUGUAAUUAUGUUACUCGAAGGUCCAAAUGGUAUAUUCGCCACUUUACCAAUAACUGUUAUGGUAGUUUUUAUGUUAAUGCAAACGUGUUUAAUCGGAGAAGAUAUAGAAGCAGCUUCUAACAAAUUUAACGAAAGCAUGUACAAUGCAGAUUGGAUGUAUUGGAAUCAAAGUAAUAAGAAAAUGCUCUUAAUUUUACUCGUUUCCACAACCAAACCGAUGGCAUUAACAAUAUCUGGUGUUGGCACAAUAAAUUUGCAAUUCGUGAAAGAGUUUGCUUUCUGGACCUAUAAAGUGACAUCAGUCUUCGUAAGGAUUAAAUAGUACCAUUAAUACAAAUGACUAUAAAUAUAUUACUUAGAAUAAUAAAUUUUAUUAGUGUAAAAUCAUGUAAUAAUUUAUUUAAAUUUAUUGUAGCUAUAAAAAAGAGAUCUGUGAAUUAUAACAUUAUGUAAGUUAUUUGAUAUUGUUAAGUUUGUAAUAAAAAGCAACGAAAUAAUAAAAAAGAUUGUGUUUGUGUACUUUGUACGCAUGUAAGUAGGCAAGGCGAAAACGGCGGGUCCGUUGGGAAAAAUAUUCCCAUGAGAUUUUUUUGCAUAAUCACAUUGGUGAGAUAUCCCAGAAUAAGGUUCAAGUAGUCGUCCACGUAAAAAGUGGUUCAAUUA